AUGUCUGCUCCCAACGCCAACAAGCCUAACGAGGGUAUCGUCGGUCAGAUCGGCAACUCCAUCGCCAACGCCGCCAACUACGUCUCUGAGACCGUCCAGGGCAACGCCGCUGAGGCCUCCAAGGAGGGCAACAAGCAGCAGGCCAAGGGCAACGUUCCCGGCCAGGACUCCGUCUCCGACCGUGUCUCUGGUGCUUUCGGCGCUGCCUCUGACAAGCUUGACGAGUCUAAGCACCAGGGCUCCGCUGAGGCCAACAAGCGCUCCAUCUGA